AUGAAGCUUUUUGGAUUAGGCUCUUUAGCAUAUUGUUAUUACGCACAUCAUAAGGAAACCAAAGCAACCCUAAUUGCGAUCCAAUUUUCAAAUCAGACAAGAGGAACAGCUUUUGCAAUCUCAAGCAGCGGACUUGCAUUGACAACUUCGCACUGUUUGAAAGACUAUGAAGCAACCACAACUGAAGGGGAAUUCAUACAAGUAAUUGAUUAUGAAAAAGAAAAUGACUUAGCUUUACUGCAGCUCCCAAGACAUCACACUUAUAAUUAUAUUAAAUUAGGAGACAGCUCAGAGCUGAAGUCUGGAGAAGAGAUUUUUCAUUAUGGGCUUGUUAUUAAUUCAUUAUUAGGCUGCAAAGGAUACUAUCAAGGCUCUGAUGGAGUGAGUUUAUUUGCAAACGUAGAAAUGAUGCACGGGCAAAGUGGUGGACCGCUCGUCAACACAAAAGGAGAAGUCGUUGGGGUCAAUCGUGGACAUAUCUAUUGCAGCCCAGAGAGAAUUAAGCUGAAUCCUGCUCAUGGUGGCCCAUCACGAUAUAUCCCCAUCAAUACAGCUAAAGAGUUUCUACAGAAAAACUGUACUGAGACUGACAAAGGCUGGGUAAUGAAAUCUAAAACAUAA